CUCAAUACAAGAUAUUUUGGUGAUGUGCUACGAAAACUUUCCCCUCUUUUCGGGGAUUCAGAACCAGAGCUUGCUGUUAGGGAUAAUGCAGCAGGUGCUACCGCAAGGAUGAUAGUUGUUCAUCCUGAACUAGUCCCGCUAAAUCAAGUACUUCCAGUGUUGUUAAGAGGUCUACCUCUAAAAGAAGAUCAAGAAGAGUCCAUGGCUGUUUACAGCUGUAUAUAUUCUCUAGUUUUGGCAUCCAACCCAGAGAUCCUUCCUCAUGUUCCGGACCUGGUUAAAAUAUUUGGACAAGUAGUGGAGUCGCCAGUGGAAAAAGUAGAAGUGAAAGCAAUAGUAGGCAGGACGUUCUCCCACCUGAUCUCGCUUUAUGGAAAUCAGUUGCAGCCAAUCAUAGGUGGCCUACCGCCUUCUCAAGCUAACGUUCUUGCUGCGUUUGCUUCUACUAGUUGAUCGCCCCCAUGUUAUAAUUUUACAUAUCAAAAACUGUCUUCAGUAUUUUUUUUUCGUUUGAAAUCUAUUCUUUGUUCUUCAUGUGAGUCUCAAAUCUUGUUUUUUCAUAUAUCUUAGCAUUUUGGCUUUGUUUCUUUCGUCAGAGUUUUGUCUUCAUUGUUUAUUUCAUUUUCUCCAUUUAUUUAUAGUCGUUCCCAAAUGGUGUUUGUAUUUUGUAUUUUUGACAUUGGACAAUAUUGUAUUUUUUUGGCCUUGAUAAUAUUUGAAGGAGUAUACGUAUACUUACAUACA